AUGUCGUCGUUCAUUCGUUACACCGUGGCUCUCCUGCCCGCCGUUGCACUUAGUGCUGCCUUGGCCAUUCCUGACGACAACCGAAUGGUUCAACAAGACGGCCUUAUUCGAUAUCCCGUGAUCCCCAAGCAGGGGGGUCCUAUCUUUGGCAAACACUCCAACUUCACCAAGAGACAGUUUGAUACCGGCAGUCUUGCUCAGCGCUCCGGAACUCUCUACACCAUUGAGGUUACCCUCGGCACCCCCGGCCAAACGGUCCCUGUCCAGUUCGACACCGGCUCCUCCGAGCUUUGGGUGAAUCCCGUUUGCUCCAAGUCCACCACUCCCGACUUUUGCAAGGCCCAGCCACGCUUCACCCAGUCUUCCACCUUGGUGGACCUUGGCGUGCAGGGCCAUGUCACCUACGGAACCGGCUACACUGAUUUUGAGUAUGUAGCUGACUACGUCGGCAUUGGAUCGGCCAGGAUUACACAGCAGAUCUUCGGCGUGGCGUUCGACAGUGCCCACGCCGUCGUCGGCCUCAUGGGCGCUGGACCUUCGCUCGAAGGAUGGGAGAACGGUUACCCCCUGGUUGUUGACUCCCUUGCCCAGCAGGGGCUCACCAACAGCAGAGCCUUCAGCAUGGAUCUGAGGGGAUUUGACAGCGCACGAGGAUCGGUAAUCUUUGGUGGCAUCGACACGAAAAAGUACUCCGGUAGCCUCGUCAAGCGUCCAAUUAUCCCCGCCGCGCAGUCGCCCGAUGGCCUCACUCGGUUCUGGGUCUACGCCAACGGCAUCUCGGUCAACCAGCCGGACGGCAACGUGAUAAUCGUUUACAGCACCCCAGCCGGCGGGAAGGGUCAGCCUUUCUUGCUGGACAGCGGAUACACACUCAGCGCCCUGCCCGCGCCCAUCAUGCAAAACCUCGUUGCAGCCUUCCCGUCUGCUCAGUACGUCGCCGACGCCGACAUGUACGUGGUCGACUGCCUGGAUCCCGGCCAGGGCGGCUCUCUCGACUUUACCUUUGGUGACAAGGUCAUCAACGUGCGGUACUACGACUUUAUCUGGCACGUUCCGGACUCUGACCUCUGCGUCUUGGGUGCUUUUACCGAUGACUUCCCGGUGCUGGGGGAUACAUUCCUCCGCGCUGCGUACGUCGUCUAUGACUGGGACAACCGCAUGAUCCAUCUGGGCCAGUCCGAAGACUGCGGCUCGGAGCUCGUUGCCAUCGGCAGCGGACCUGAUGCGGUCCCGUCCAUUGUCGGUAAAUGUGGUCAGACAACGCCAACUUCGACAUCAACGGCUGAGACUUCCACGACCACCUCGUCUGCGGAGUCGACUUCAAAUACCGAGCCCGAGACAUCCACCACUGCUGCUCCUGAGACAACCUCGACCACUACCAGCGAGUCCUCGACCGAGCCGAUCACCGAGUCAGCCACAGAGACUGCCACGGAGACUGCCACGGAGACUACCACUGAGUCGACUGUUUCAGAGUCGUCAACCGCCUCAGACUCCAGCUCUUCCACCGACACCGAGUCAUCCAUCACGGCGGCCACAUCGACCGGCGGCCUUGAGCCAUCCACCACCGAAGCCGCCUCCUCCUCCAACCCGGCCACAUCCACGACCCCCGGCUCCACCACCACCACCACCUCCUCCUCCACCAUCUCCCGCAGCACCAUAACCACCACCACCUCCACCACCUACAUCAUCACCUCCUGCCCGCCCACGGUGACUAACUGCCCGCUGCACCACGUCACGACCGAAAUCAUCACAGCCACCACGGCCAUCUGCCCCGAGACAACAGGCACCUACACCAUCCACCAAACCCAGCCUUGCGCCGGCUCCGGUCCCGGCUCCUCCCCAUCAUCAGCCUGCCCGCCGCCGCACACCCUGACCGUGACGGUCUCGCCGCUGCCGCCCGCGCAGCGCACCACGGCGCACAACGUGCCGGGCUGCACGCCGGGGGCGGCCGGGCCGAGCGUCUGCGUGCAGUGCGGACCCGGAGGCGGCGGUAGCGGCGGUAAUGGCGGCGCCAAGGCCACGACGCUGGUGGCGGCGCUGCCCACGGCGGGGUGUGUUGGCUGUCCGGUGGUCGGCGGCGGGAACGGGACGGUUGUCACUGCUGGCGGGGCGAGGCCGACCGUGACGGGUGGGGUUGUUACUGGGGGUGCGGAUGGUGUUGUUGUGGGAGUUUGGGGGGUGGUUGCAGCUGCGGCGGUGGUAGGAGUCCUGGGAUUGUGA